CCGAUGGUCGACAUACAGAACACCUCGCCCCCGUCCGUAUCGGUGGUGACGUUUAGGUGGGAUAAUAGACAUAAAUAUACAAGUAUAGGAGGAAGCGAGGAGGCACCGGACAGUGUAAACUGUAGCAACUAUUCCGACGGGUUUGAGAAAGGCGAACCGACGCUAACCGACAUCGACGAGAACACGGGCGUGGCGCUAGUGAUCAACGGGCACUCGCUAGUGCACUGUCUGACGUCGGAGCUGGAGAGCAAGUUCCUCGAGAUUGCGUCCCACUGCAAAGCGGUCAUCUGCUGCCGGGUAACGCCGCUCCAGAAGGCGAUGGUGGUCGAGCUGAUCAAGCGGGCGAAGAAUGCGGUCACGCUUGCGAUCGGUGACGGUGCGAACGAUGUGUCGAUGAUAAAAGCGGCACACAUCGGCGUGGGCAUCUCCGGGCAGGAGGGCAUGCAGGCCGUACUGGCGAGCGACUACUCGAUCGCACAGUUUAAAUUUCUCGAAAGACUGCUGCUGGUGCAUGGCCGCUGGUCGUACUACCGGAUGUGUAAAUUUUUGCGCUACUUUUUCUACAAAAACUUUGCAUUCACGCUGUGCCAUUUUUGGUAUGCAUUUUUUUGCGGCUUCAGUGCUCAAACCGUUUUCGAUCCAAUGUUUAUAUCCGUGUACAAUCUGUUCUACACCUCGCUGCCGGUGCUGGCGCUCGGCAUCUUCGAGCAGGACGUGUCGGACAAGAGUAGCGUCGACUAUCCGAAGCUCUACACGCCCGGCAUGACGAACGCACUGUUCAACACGACCGAGUUCAUACGCAGCGUCCUGCACGGUAUCUUCAGUUCGCUGAUAUUGUUUCUCAUUCCGUACGGUACGUACAAGGACGGCAUCUCUCCGGACGGGUACGUGCUGAACGAUCACAUGCUGCUCGGCUCGGUAGUGGCCACCAUACUUAUCCUCGAUAACACCGCGCAGAUCGCGCUCGACACAUCGUACUGGACCGUGUUUAACCACAUCAUGAUCUGGGGCAGCCUGCUGUGGUACUUCUUUUUGGACUACUUUUACAACUACGUCAUCGGCGGCCCGUACGUCGGCUCGCUGACGCAGGCGAUGAAGGAGGCCACGUUCUGGUUCACCACCGUGCUGACAGUGAUCGUCCUCAUGAUACCGGUGCUGGCAUCACGCUUCUACUUUGUCGAUGUGUUCCCCAGCUUACCAGAUAAGAUUCGUGUACAGCAACGGCUGGCGCUACUGCGUUCCCGCCAGAGCAGUGACGUCUUGAGGACACCGUCCGCCCGCAAGGCACGCCGCUCGUUACGCUCCGGCUAUGCUUUCGCCCAUCAGGAAGGAUUUGGCCGGCUUAUUACGUCCGGUAAAAUUAUGCGCAAACUGCCCCAGGACUUUGCCUUCCCGUUGGGGCUGGGCAGCAAGAAGCAACAGUCGACGGAAUCAACCAAAAACAACAAUAACAACAACAACAACAAUAGCAGCAAUAACGCUAAUAACGCCUCGAAUGUGGUCAAUGGUGCUGGGGCCGUUGGGACACGAACCGGUACGAACACUGCGACCGCAACGACCCUGUCGGCGAUGGCAGCGGUCACCACCUUGACCGUCAAUGGUAAUCAGCAACAGCAGCAGCAGCUGGUUAACCUGCCCGGCAGCUCGAACGGCGGUGAUCAGCACAGUCCGCGGGCACCGUGCCAAGAUCUGGACACGAUAAACCUGUAAAUCCAAGGUAUCCCACCUUCGUCGAAACCAAAAAUCACAACGAAUAAUCCACUUGGCUGCAACGAGUUAACAACAAAACCAGUGUCCACAGGAGAGGUGUGUUAAGUGUCCCAUGUUUUGCUUUUUAUGUUGUUUUUUUUUAAUACUCCGAUUUCCGUGUUGGUUAGAAAAUUAGAAAGAAUUAUUUUGCCUCCACCGUGUGAGCUACAAAUUUUAAACUCAAUACACCAACAUUCUCUGUACCAAUCGAUGCGAACAUAGUUAAGAAACGGACCGCAAAUUAAGACGCUAACACACACGCUGAGGAGGAAAGGUACUUAAGCGAAUGUUGAUAUCUGCCAAACGUAAUCCGCAAUCCGUGGCACUGGCCGGAUGUUAAAACAGCAGCACACCAACCACCCCCCUCCCUCCCUCCCCCCUCCUGCCUGUACCAAAUAACCGUAUAAAACCCCGCGAGUCUCUGCAAGGAAGGGAAAAGAGGCAAACUGACAAAUAACAAUAAUAACACAAGUAUUUCAUAGGAGAACAAGUCGAGCAAACCGCCUAGAGUGUGGGUGUUUAAGCACAGCUGUUUACGAUAAACUUCUAAGCAUAGUAUUGACACGACCACGGCUUUAGGGGAGAGUAAGAUAAAGACGGGAAAAGACGGAUCGCCAAGCGAUGCUCAUACAAAAAAAAACGUCUCCAUCAUCAUCCCGUUUUUGAGUUUCCAUCUCGAAUGUUUCGAAUCUCGAUUUUCUUUUUUUUUUUACUAAGAUCAUUCAUAUUUAGACAAACUACGAGCGCAACUAACAAUUUUUUGGGGCGCGAAACAAGCCGAACGAAGGAAAGUGAAUAACAUUUAGCAUUAUUACACAUUAUGAACUUAUUGUGAUUGUCCUGUGACUACAUAUUUGAUAUAUUACGAGAGCAGUAAAUGCGAAUGCGAAAACGAAACCAGCCGCCAGCAAAACAGCAAUGCGAAAUAAGCUUAGUGGAGGGAGGAGGGUGUGGCAAUUUAUUGAAUUGACGCCGUUCUGUUGGCAACAAGGCCAAAGAGCAAAAGCAGGGGAGAAUGUAAAUAGUGUUAUAUCUUGUAUAAAGAACCGUGAAUAAUAAAAAAAACAACAUGCAAAAAAACUCGUUCAAACAGAACAGCUUUUGUGCGAUGAAGAUAAAAGAGAGGAAAAAGGGAGAGAACAAAACAAAAACAAACAAACAAACAAAAUACAAAUGAAGCGAAAGAAAUAUUGAUAUUGAGUAUGUGUAAGAGAAAAAAAAACACACACACACACAAAAGUGCUCACACAAGUAGAAAAAAGAAAAAAAACGGAAACACUUGGAAAAGUCGUUAAAGUAAACAUACAAAAGAAGCAAACGAUGUAAAUAUAGAUGAAGGAAAAAGAUGAACAAAAAUGGACAAGAAACGAAAUAAAAACACAAUCAAUCAAAUGAUACAAAAACAAAAAAACCAACAUAGCAGCAGCAGCAGCAGCAGCAGCAGCAAACGUACAGCUAGGCUUUAGAAGAGAAGAGAAAGGAAGAUUAAAUCGGGGCUUUAGUGCAAAUACAUAAACACAAACACACAAAAACACGUACACAGUGUGCUCUUCUGGAAAGCGUUGACUGUGUGCGGUGAUGUAUCCAUGGGAACAGAUAGUAAUAUUUUACUUACUCUAAUGCUAAUGCUGUUUCUCUCUCUCUCUCUCUCUUUCUCUUUUUGAUGGCUGUAGAGGGUGUAAAAUAGUUACCUUUUUUUUGUGUCCAUUUCUUUGCAGUUCCUUUUGUUCACACAUUCUUCUUAAAGUAGUGAUAAAAGAUCGUUUAGUUUUUCUUCAAUAAAAAAGGGUAAUAUUUUUAACAUUAUUUUAGUCGGCACACACGCCUAGUUGUGUAAUUUGUUCUCUUCUUCUUUAUCUCUUCCGUUCUCUUCCGUUCCGAUAGUUUGCACUGUACACCUUACCUACGUUGCGUAGCGUUUGCUCAAACGUGCAAGUUUCGUUCCUACCAUACUGUAGUUUACUUUCAUUUUUUACCCCAAAUACACCUAUUAGUGAAACUAAAGUAUAAUUUUACGAAUUAGUUUUAUAUUGUUGUUACUAUGUACAAAAGGAUUUGGUAGGUCGCAACGUAAGAUUGAGGGUGAUGAUGCAUCUAAUGCAAGCGGAGGCGCCUAAUGUGUAUUAACCAAAAGUUAGCAAAGCAGCGGAAAGAUAGCGAUAGCGAGAGAGAAAGUGAGAGAGAAGAAGCGCUAGCAACAAAUUGAAACAAAACUGUGUAUUUUUAAGGACGAAGGCGUAAAACACCGCGCGGACGCAUUGCAUUCCUAAAGAACGCAUAAUAGAACUACAAAAAAAACAAUGUUACGAAUGUGUGUAUGUGUCUCGUAAUGAUGAUGGUAACACGCUGUGAAAUAAAGGCGAACGGAAACGCGUAAACGAACGUAAUUCGUGUCAGAAAA